GACAAGAUAAACGGAUACCGCUGCAUUUGCCCUCGUGGCUUUGUUGGGAAGAACUGUGAGAUAGAAUUAAAUGAAUGCGCCAGCAACCCAUGUCAGAACGGAGGCGUGUGUGACGAUCUGGUCAAUGGUUUCCACUGCCGCUGUCCUCCUGGCUAUGCUGGCACCACAUGUGAGGUUGAUAUUGACUUGUGUGACCCCAACCCUUGCCAGAAUAAAGCCCUAUGCUACAACUUGGGUGGAGAUUAUUACUGUGCAUGCUCUGACGAUUACGAUGGAAAGAACUGUUCUCAUCUUAAAGAUCACUGCAAAGAUGGAUCAUGCAAAGUCAUAGACAGCUGUACAAUAGCGAUUUCUACUAAUGCCACCCAGGAAGGUAUCCGUUACAUCUCUUCCAAUGUCUGCGGGCCUCACGGACGCUGCAUUAGUCUGCCUGGAGGGAAUUUCACCUGUUCCUGCAAUCGAGGCUUCACUGGGGCUUAUUGCCAUGAGAACAUAAAUGACUGUCUUGGGAAUCCCUGCAAGAACGGUGGUACUUGUACUGAUGAAAUUGACUCCUUUAAGUGUUUUUGUCCAAACGGUUGGGGUGGCGAGUUCUGUGGCAUAAAUUACAACGACUGUAACCCAAAUCCAUGUCAGAAUGGUGGUCGGUGCAUUGACCUGGUCAAUGAUUUUGUUUGCCAGUGUGAGAAUGGAUGGAAAGGCAAAACUUGUCACUCUCGUGAAUAUCAAUGUGAUUCAAAUACUUGCAGUAACGGGGGUACAUGCUACGAUACCGGAGACACCUUUCGCUGCCUGUGCACUUCAGGAUGGGAAGGAGCCACUUGUAAUAUUGCCAAGAACAGCAGCUGCCUUCCCAACCCCUGUGCAAAUGGUGGUACUUGCGUGGGCAACGGAGAUUCCUUCUCUUGUAUGUGUAAAGAAGGAUGGGAGGGACGUACCUGCACGCAGAAUACCAAUGAUUGCAAUCCCUACCCUUGCUAUAAUGGUGGAAUUUGUGUUGAUGGUGUGAACUGGUUUCGCUGUGAAUGCGCCCCUGGAUUUGCAGGACCUGAUUGCAGAAUUAACAUCGAUGAAUGCCAGUCUUCCCCUUGUGCAUACGGUGCCACUUGUAUAGAUGAAAUAAACGGCUACAAGUGCACCUGCCCUUCUGGACGAGCUGGGCUGCGCUGCCAGGAAGUGAUUGUCUCUGGAAGAUCUUGUUGGCUAAAAGGAACGCAGUACCCCCAUGGAAGCAAAUGGGAUGAGGAAUGCAAUAUCUGUCACUGUCUGGAUGGGGUGAUCGAGUGCACCAUGACUUGGUGUGGACGUAAGCCCUGUUUGCUGGAAAAACGUCUUGAUAAGAACCAGUGUCCCCAGGAUCAGGAAUGUGAGCCAAAGAUCUCAUCAGCAAAAUGCUUCCAACCACCAUGCAGAGAAUGGGGGGAAUGCAGCGCCCCUGACAGGCCUCACAUCGUCAAAUGCUUGCCCAACACUGGCUAUCUGGACAAUAACUGUGCCCGAAUAACCCUGAUCUUCAGUACUGAGAAAAUUCCACAGGGAACCACAGUGGAAAACAUUUGCUCGGAGAUCCGAUAUUUGCCAUCAAUUAGGACAGUAUCCAAAGACCAACAACUUAUACUCUUGUGCGACUUCUCAUACUCAACGGAAAAAGCAGUAGAAGUUGCAGUAGCAUUUGUGUCACAAACGGAUAGUCAAGACAAGAGCCUUAUUCAAGAUGCUGCCAAUACAAUCGUCAAUGCCAUCACCAAAAGGCAAAACAGUACGGUCAUGCAGGCCAUCGUGGAAGUAAAAGUUGAAACCGUUGUAGUGGAUGGCUCAAGUUCGGAUUACCUUGUCCCAGUUCUUUGUGUGGUGUUUGGAAUCGUUUGGGUGACGUGCAUAAUCAUUUGUGUCUGGUGGAUGCGUAAGCGAAGAAAAGAGCGAGAGAGAAGGCGGGAAAGCCGCGAAGAUGAAACCAACAACCAACGUCAGCCUUUAAACCCAAUAUGGAACCCAAUUGGGGUGCCUUAUAGAGACAUUCAGUAUGAAUGCAAAAACCUUCUUUACAACCAAAACAGAACUUCUGCCUCUGAUGAGGCCAUGAAGGAGGAUGUAGUGGAUAAAGAGGAGGACACAGGGGAGGAUGAGUGCCUCUCACAAAAAUACUCAAAGACUUCUAUAAGCAUAGGAGAUGCAGACUGCUCCCAAAAAUUCCCCUGUAAAAAAACCACAUCGGACAGACUAUGA